AUGGAUGAGGAUCAAGGUCCGUCCCAGAUUGUCCCUGGGCAGACGCCCAAGAAGACUUUUGGCGAUCGCCUCAAUACCAUCAGAAAGACCUUCACUACCAAGGAAGGUCUCAUCGGCGACUAUGACUACGCAUUCCUUUUCCGGCCGAACCUCCCCUUCAUGGCCAAAUCCGACAAGGCUCCACCAUUCUUCGGCCUCAACGACCGCAUGCCUGUCGUCCUCGCCCUGAUUCUCGGCUUCCAGCACGCCCUUGCCAUGUUGGCUGGUAUCAUCACACCUCCAAUCAUCAUGUCCGGCGCCGGCGGUGUCAACCUCACCACCGAGCAAACUCAGUACCUCGUCUCUACCGCCCUCAUCGUCUCCGGUCUCCUCUCCGCUAUCCAGAUUACCCGUGUGCACAUCAAGGGCACUCCCUACUACAUUGGCACUGGUCUGAUCUCUGUCGUCGGUAUCUCGUUCGCCAUUAUUCCCGUUGCCACCGGUGCCUUCAACCAGAUGUACGAGAAUGGCUUUUGCCAAAAGGAUGAGCUUGGUGCCAAGCUCCCUUGCCCCGAUGCCUACGGCGCUGUUCUUGGCACAGCUGCCCUUUGCGCCCUCCUCGAAAUCGCCCUGAGCUUCAUGCCACCAAAGAUCAUGCUCCGUAUCUUCCCCCCAAUAGUCACCGGCCCUACCGUCAUGCUCAUCGGUAUCCACCUCAUCGAGUCCGGCUUCAAGAACUGGGCCGGUGGCUCUGGUCUCUGCGCUGAGAAGAACCCCGCCGAGUUCUUUGCCCGCUGCCCCGAUAUUUCUGCGCCGAACGCCCUGCCGUGGGGUUCGCCAGAGUACCUCGGUCUCGGCUUCAGCGUCUUCGUUACCAUCAUCCUCUGCGAGCGUUUCGGUUCUCCCAUCAUGAAGUCUACCUCUGUCAUUAUCGGUCUCUUGACUGGCUGCAUCAUUGCUGCUGCCACUGGCUACUUCAACCGUGCCGGUAUCGACAAUGCGCCUGUUGCCUCCUUCAUCUGGGUCAAGACCUUCAAGCUUACGCUUUAUGGACCGCUGGUGUUGCCGCUGAUGGCAGUGUUCAUCAUCUGCGCUUGCGAGGCUAUUGGUGAUAUCACCGCUACUUGCGAUGUCUCCAGACUCGAGGUGGAGGGCAAGCUCUACGAGAGCAGAAUCCAGGGUGGUGUCUUGGCUGAUGGUAUCAACGGUAUGCUGGCUGCCCUCUGCACCAUCACUCCUGUUACCACCUUUGCCCAGAACAAUGGUGUUAUUGCUUUGACUCGCUGCGCCAACAGAAGCGCCGGUUACUGCUGCUGCUUCUUCCUUGUCAUCAUGGGUGUCUUCGCCAAGUUCGCCGCCUCCCUUGUUGCUAUCCCAUCUGCCGUCCUCGGUGGCAUGACCACCUUCCUUUUCACCGCUGUCGCCGUUUCCGGUAUGGCCAUUAUCACUAAGGGUGUGCCAUUCAACCGCCGCAACAGAUUCAUCCUCACUGCUGGUCUUGCUCUCGGCUAUGGUGCUACUCUUGUGCCGAACUACUUUGAGAAUGUCUUCAGCUACAGCGGCGAGAACAAGGGCCUGCAGGGCUUCCUUGAUGCCAUCUCCCUCAUCAUGGAGACUGGCUUUGCUGUCACGGCCAUGAUCUGCAUGAUCUUGAACCUGACGCUCCCGAUGGAGGUGGAGGAUGUUACUGAGGCGGUUGCUGGGCAGAACCAGAGUGUGGUGACUGCGGCGAGGCCGACGAGUGCGGGGGAUAGUGUUGAGGAGGAGAAGGGUAUCAAGAGCGCCUGAGGGAUGGACAUUUGGAUUUUAAACAAGCGAGUUUUUGUUUUUCUUUUUAUUGGGUUGGAAUGAUAAUCGUUUUUGGAUACAUGUAUAUGGGCCGGGUGGGAUGGGAGGGCACAAGUGUUCAAAAAAGAGGGAUGAUUUGAUGAUGACUUGGCGAGCAUGGAAGCAAGCAUGCGAGAAGCAAAGAAAGGAUACCCUGUUGUUAUGUAUUAGUGGUGGAUCUGAAGUGAAUGGAAUGGAUGAAGAUCAAGGAAUUGUGUUGUG